CCUGGUUGUGAUUAUAUAUUUUGGCUCGAACCCAUUUUCUUUGAUUGCUUUCGAGGAGGAAAAAACCUUGGAUACAUUUUCAAUUCGAUUGAAUUUAACUUUUUAUACUUAGACUCGGAGCUUCAAGCCGCUUUCAAUUUCUUGCGACUUGACACACCAAGCAACGAUGCAACCUUUCAAAUUAGCCAUGGCUAAUGAUGCCACAGUGUCUGGCAUCCACUAUUUCCCGUCAACUUCCACCGCUUCUGCUUGUCACGUUCCAUUGGUUGUCGCUCUCCAUGGUGGGACAUACGAUUGUCAAUACUUCGACGCUACUCCACGAUUCUCUGCGUCCGCAACUAGUGCUUCACUAGGUGUUCCAUUUAUCUCUAUUAACCGACCUGGUUAUGGAGACACAAGCUCUCCCUCUCCGAUACCCGAGGGAUCCAAUUUUUUUGCGGAAACUGGCUUCUGGCUUCAUCGAUACAUUCUCCCAGCCCUAUGGUCUGAGUUUGGUAUUCCUUUGAAUUGCACUUGCAUCGUGCUUCUGUGCCACAGCUUCGGCUCAAUGGGGGGUAUUGUCGCUGCGGCCAAUCACGCCAAAGACCCGGAGCUAAAGUACCCAUUGGGAGGAUUAAUUCUCUCCGGAAUGGGAGAUGAGCAGUCUGAAUCCAUGAAACAAAGCCCUGCUCCUCAGCCAAAUGCCGGUCCCAACAGCGUCGUCUUCCCUUUGCAGUUCAAGGAUCAAGUUAUGUUCCUUCCUGGAACUGUUGACAGUGAGGUUUUGGAUAGCAGUGAGCGCCUCAAUGCAGCAUCCCCGUAUGCUGAAAUGCUGCAGUUCCCUGGGAAUUGGCUUCCCGUGUGGAAAGAGGACUGGGCCAUCCAUGUCAAAGCGCCUGUAAUGUUUGCGCUUGUUCAAGAUGACGUUUUUUUUAAGGCUACUAAAGAGGAAGUCAAGACCUGCAUCGAGGCAUUCAAGAACAGUUCUCGCGUUGAUGGUAGUUUGGUCAAGGGCGCUCCUCAUUGCAUGGAAUUAAGCUACUGGUCACAAGGGUGGUAUGCUCGAUGCUUUGGUUUUGCGUUGGAAUGUGCUGCCAGUCUUGCGCUUGCUGCAUGA